AUGGUCUUACGGUGGAUUCAAGUUCUUCGAUUACCUCACCCCAAUUCUGUUUUAUUAUUUGUUCUACCCACGUUUUUCCUAUUCCUAAUUGUGCCCAUUACUGAAGGAGCAUUGAGAAACUGUUAUAACCUUCCGAAGAUCAAAUUGGUUGGAGGAACAUUGGAUGAAUUGAAUGCCACAUACAGUGAAUGUCUGCACAAAUGUGGUGAAACAAAUUGUUGUCUUGGAUUUGCAUACAGCCAAUCUGAGCUAAGGUGUUACCUGAAAUCAGCAUUUGACUCAUCAGAAGAAGAAGAUGGAUGGACAAGUGGAUUGAUGGGAAAUAGAGAUCAUGGGCAACGGGUCAUUUUGAAAAAUGUGCUGAUUGAGGGAUCGAGGAGAUAUGUUGAACUGCCAAGUGUUGAGGAAUGUCAUCAAUAUUGCACAGCUUUCGGAAUGUACACAUGGACACCGGCAAGGGGCGAUGAAGUGGCUCAAUGUCAAUGUAUUCAAAGGAUUCGAUCAAUUCGAUAUGUUUAUGGAGCUCAGUCUUCAAUUUUUCCCUCAGAAUCAAGUUUCAGUCAU